AUGUCUGGCGUCAAGAAGAGGCUGCCCCGAGAUAUCAAGCAAUGGGAGGAUGCAAUGGCUAGGAUGAAUCUCACUGGCCAGACUGUACACGGUGCGAAGCUUGCCUCUGCCUCUAAAGUUGAACAAGAGCAAUUUCUGCUAUUCCAUGUUCUAUGGGUUCCGCGGCCUAUAGAUGAGCUACUGAGAAUAUUGUCUGGCAUCAGCGAGUGGAUUUCGGAGGCGGAUACAAUGCUAGGAGGCUAUAAGUCAUGGGGGACAUAUUGUCGGGCGUUUUUUAGUCCGAAUAUUGAAGAAGGGAAUUUUGCCGUUGCCCGGCAGUAUCAACUUGAGGUUACUGAUACCCAAGAUGACACAGAUCUACAAACCUUUGUAACUCCUAUCGCACAUCGAACACGUGCCCGUGCCCGUGAACGUGGUAACCCGGCAGUCGGCGCCCAUGUGGAGACCCCCUCAAAGUCCACCAAUAUAUCCGAAGUACUCAGCCUUGAAGAUAUUAGUCUCGACGAUCCCUUUGUUGUCCAGGAGACCUCAGUUCUUGAAACCCCGGUUCAUGAGACCCCAGUUCAUGAGACCCCGAGUCCAUUCCAACCUAUAACACCUGGUCCAAAAGAACUGGAAAACGUGCUGUACCCUCCCACAAAGGAUGAGCAGAUUGUGAACUGUGCACUGAUCCUCUUCCUGAAUGCCCUGACCAUGCAUUUCAAAUUAACCAAUAAAUGGACGCUACACAGAAAGGCCUUCAAAGCUAACUUUGAGGAGGCUAGUUUCGAAGCAAGGAUCGACGGAUAUCUCGAUGAUCGCCGAGGCAAAGCGAAAGUUAUUGUCGAGGUGAAACCUGUUACACGAUCAAAGAAGGAGGCUUCGAUCCAAAUGCAGGAGAGCGCCCAAAUGGUAGCCUGGAUCAAAAGCGAUGGCGAACAGCCCAGCGGAGUCGAACAGAUGCGCAUAAUUGUCUCCCAAGACCGGCACGAAAUAUUUUUGACGGUUGCGAAGUAUGGUGACGAAUAUAUCAGAUAUUUGAGCGACAAGAAUGAUCAAGGCGGAUCCAAUUCUUUCAUGACAAUGCACCAAUUCGGUCCGUGGAAUACAUUGGAUGUUGCCAGCAUGAAACUCCUCGGACCUAUACUUCUUGCAAUAUCUCUUCGUGCAGAAGCCGCAGAUGGGACGAACACAAAUUGA